CCCCGCCCACGUGACCCAAACAGCGGCCUCGCGCUUCCGGGGCCUGCCUUCCUCCUCCUCGCCGCCGCUUCCCCCUUCUUCGCCGGGGACGCCGAGCCGGAGCCGCCGAAUUUGCUGGCAGUGACGGUGGUCAAGGCAGGAUGAUGGAGAACACGGCGCUGGAAAGUUUGAUCGAGAUGGGCUUCCCGCAGAAUCGAGCAGAGAAGGCUCUGGCCCUGACGGGCAACCAGGGGAUCGAGCAAGCCAUGGAUUGGUUGGUGGAACAUGAGAACGAUCCCAAUCUGGACGAGCCCUUCGCGGAUCCUCCAGUGCCCGUUCCGGAUGCCGAGGAACCCGCCAAAGGAACGACGCCGGAGUUGGAGCAAGGAGGGUCAGGUGAGCUGGCAGAAGGAGAGACGCAGCGUCCCCUGACGGAAGAGGAAAAGCAGGAACAGACAAAAAGGAUGAUGGAGCUGAUCUACCAGAAGCAGAAGGAGCGCGAAGAGCGGGAGAAGCGGGAGACCAUCGAGCGCGAGAAGCAGCGCCGGAAACAAGGCCAGGAGCUGCUGCUCAUUCGCCAGAAGCUUCAGGAGGACGAGAUGAAGAAGCUGGCCGAAGAGAGGCGGAGGGAGAAGAUGGAGGAGAAGAUGGCCAAGCAGCGAGUGCGAGAGAAGAUCGAACGCGACAAGGCGGAGAGAGCCAAGAAGUUUGGCUGCAGUAGCGCAACCCAGGCCUCCCCCCUGCCCGACCAGCUGGAACCCGUGCUAAUCUCCUCCCCCAGCCAAGAGCCCCUCGUCAAGCGAGAAUACGACCAGUGCAAGAUUCAGGUGAGACUCCUGGAUGGCACCUCCCUGACUCACACCUUCAAAGCCAAGGAGCAACUGGCAGCCGUGCGGCUGUACGUGGAGCUGAACCGCCAAGAUGGCGGCGAAGACCCUUUUCACCUCCUGACGAGUUUCCCCCGGCGGGUUUUCACCGAGGAAGACAUGGAAAAGCCCCUGCAGGAGCUGGGCUUGGUGCCUUCCGCCGUGUUGAUAGUGGCCAAGAAGGGCAACAGCUGAGCGGCUCUCUUCGCUUGCGACGGUCGGUUGUGGCUUUCCCCCCUUCGCACCGGUUCUUGGAGGCUGACCUUAUAGCCUGUAGUCACUGGGUGCCACGGUAGCGCUCCAGUCCCCAAUCCCUCUCCCCAGAGACUCUUGAGACCCAGGGAUACCAAAACAGACACUAUGUGGGUAGAAGAGUUGGUGGAACCAGUGUUUGCCACUGGAUGCCCCCCCAAUGCCAGCCCCGAAUAAAAUCUCUUCACCCUGGUG